AAUGUCUAAUUUUUUAGUUGUUCUACUCUUUCUACAUUUCUCUAUUGAUUCAAACCAUUCCAGAACAUUCAACGACGGGCUACUGGUUAGCACAUCUGCCUCACAGUUCUGUUCGGUUCAAAUCCAGGCCCUGCCUGUGUGGAGUUUGCAUGUUGUCCCCGUGCCUGCGUGGGUUUUCUCCGGGUACUCCGCUUUUCUCCGAUAUCCCAAAAACAUGCGUGGUAGGUAGACUGAGGACUCUUAAAUUGCUCGUAGGUGUGAAUGUGAGUGCGAAUGGUUGUCUAUUUAUAUGUGCCCAACCAGUUCAGGGUGUACCCCGCCUCUCGAAGACAGCUGGGACAGGCUCCAGCACGCCUGUGACACUGGUGAGGAUAAGCGGUACAGAAAAUGGAUGGAUAAAGUUACCCAUCGUUCCAAUCCCAAAUUCAAACAGUUCAGCUCAUUCAAAACAUCUUCGGAACAACUUUCAACAUUAACAUGAAUUUAACACUUUUUACAAUAGUUACCAAAAUGAAGUGUUUUUUUACAUUUGACCUCUUCCUCCAUUUCCUAACCGAUUUGAACCAUUCCAACUUCAAACUGUUCCGCUCAUUCAGGACAUCUUGAGAAAUACACCUACUUCUCAAAGGUUCUUAAACCUUUCACAAUAUCUCGACUGAUUAUUCCAAGUCUUACAUUCUACAUUUCAUUUAAUUCGACAGUAUUUCAGCUUAGUGUCACCUUUCAAGAAUUGAGAAUUUACACAGAAUUUGCAUUCUCCUCUAGUUACAUACAGUAUGACAACGAAAUGCGACAUCAACGUAAAUUGUACAAUGCAAAGGUGACAUGCAGACAAGCGAGCUCACCGAAAUUAGUUAUUAGGGGCUAACAGCAGAGCCAGUGCAUGUGGGACUCCCUAAACCAUGGUAGUAUUUAAAAAAAUAAUAAUAAUAACAUUCAUAAACGGUGUGGUGGCCAAGAGCCCGUUUGCUAAUGUUAGCCCCGGACGGCGAGACAUAACCAACACGACGUUAUUAUUCCACCUUUUCAGGACAUGGGUCCACUUACUAUUAUGUUAAGUAAUAAAUAAUAACCACAGCAAUAGUAUCUUACACAAAAGUCCUAAAUAUAUGUGGGGGGGAAACGUGAAUUUUAGUACUAGUACUAGCAGCCGAAGCGACCACGUUACCUUUUAGCAGAAGAAAAGGAGCAGAGAAGGCGGAAACCGCUUUACGCCAACUCAACUAGCGAUUAAUCCGCGCUUCUCGUUAGAUUUUUUUGAAAAUAACGACCGCUUGACAAUAAAUUGCAUUUUAUUAUAUUUAUUCAUAUAAAAAUUGCGUAUAAAUUAUGUUUCUACGAUAAAACAUGAUAUAAAUGAAAUUGUGUUAAGUUCUAUUUGUUUACGAGAGAAGCGGAUGAACACAUUUCCACUUCAUGCGUCGAUGUUCCAGUACGUCAUCAUGAUGCGCCUCGUGUUUAUGAACGGUCGCUCGACAUUCAAGUUGAAUUAAAUGAACGAAUAUUAAAGUAAGUGUAUAACGUCGUUAGACAUCGAUAAUAUGGGUUCUUGUCGGAUCGAAUAGAAAAGUUGACGGAAUUGGGAAAAGUCGCGAGAAAUCGACACAGUUUGGUGUAAGCUCAAAUCUCGAGAAAAUGUAAGUCAUUUGAUCUAUAUUCUUGCAUUACUUUUCAAGAGAGUAAUCACAAAGUGCUUUACUGUAAUUAUGGAAUACAUUACUAUCAAAUACAGAACCACAACACUUUACAAUUAAUAAAAGUACAAAAAAACACACAAAUCAAAGCCAUAAAUACAAAUAAUAUAUUCUCACUGGAAUGUCUACAGAAACAAAUGUGUUUGUAGCUGCUCUUUAUAAAUGUUCACUGAAAAGGCAGCUGUAAACUCAAAAGGAAGUACAUUCCACAAUUUGGGGGCAAUGGACUGCGAGCCUCUAUUACCCUUAGUUUUUAAACUUGUGUAAGGGAUGUCAAGUAAAAGGCAGUCAACAGACCGCAGUGAUAAUAAAUGUGAGGAAACAUGGACAACGAUGACAAUAUGGAGACACUUGGCGAGCAGCUAUACACUCGGAUUUUCCCCGCACAGAGCGAGCACGCUGGGAAACUGACAGGUAUGCUGCUGGAGCUUCCUGUUCCUGUCCUGAUCAGGAUGCUGCAGGAUGAGGCCAUGCUCGCUUUGGCCGUGGAGAAAGCAGUCAGAGCCCUGCAGGGGGAUAUGCACCAGGAGCCCAGCAAAAUAACAAGUAAAGACGAUGACGACGAAUCCGUGUCUUCUGACUCUUUGGGCGAGCAGCUUUUUGACCUGGUUGAUGUUUACAACACUGGCUACUCACAGAAAAUCACAGGGAUGUUACUGGAGCAGGACAAGGAGGCCGUGUUAAAGCUUCUGUCAGAUCCCAAACAGCUGGAAACACAGGUCAACACAGCGCUCAAGACCUUAAAACAGCAGCAUGCGGAGGUGACGGAUGUCAGCGACACGUCGGACGCGGAGGACACCGAAGGGUUGGGCGAGAAGCUCUUCUUGCAGGUGGAGGAACUGGACCAGCUUCAGGCGCAUGAAAUCACCGGUAUGCUACUGGAGAUGGAUGCGGGUGUUCUCCACCAGCUUCUUAGAGAGCGCACCAUGUUGGAGGCUGCUGUUCACAAAGCAAAAGCAGCCCUCAGCACAUAAAAUAUUGGAAUAUUUGACGAGUAAAAGUUAAAGGGUAUGUGCUUAUAUCGAGUCUAUCCAUCCAUCCAUCCAUUUUCUACCGCUUAUCCGAGGUCGGGUCGCGGGGGCAGUAGCUUUAGAAGGGACGCCCAGGCUUCCCUCUCCCCAGCCACUUCAUCCAGCUCUUCCGGGGGGAUCCCGAGGCGUUCCCAGGCCAGCCGAAAGACGUAGUCUCUCCAGCGUGUCCUUGGUCGUCCCCGGGGUGUCCUCCCGGUGGGACGUGCCCGGAACAUCUCACCGGGGAGGCGUCCGGGAGGCAUCCGAAUCAGACGCCCCAGCCACCUUAUCUAGGUCCUCUCGAUGCGGAGGAGCAGCGGCUCUACUCCGAGCUCCUCCCGGAUGACCGAGCUUCUCACCCUAUCUCUAAGGGAGAUCCCGGACACCCUGCGGAGGAAACUCAUUUCGGCCGCUUGUAUCCGGGAUCUUGUUCUUUCGGUCACGACCCACAGCUCGUGACCAUAGGUGAGGGUAGGAACGUAGAUCGACCUGUAAAUUGAGAGCUUCGCCUUUUGGCUUCGCUCCUUCUUUACCACAACGGACCGAUACAAAGUCCGCAUCACUGCAGAGGCUACACCGAUCCGCCUGUCGAUCUCCCGUUCUAUUCUUCCCCCACUCGUGAACAAGACCCCAAGAUACUUGAACUCCUCCACUUGGGGCAGGAUCUCAUCCCCGACCUGGAGAGGGCACGCCACCCUUUUCUGACUGAGGACCAUGGUCUCAGAUUUGGAGGUGCUGAUUCUCAUCCCAUAUAUCGAGUCUAAUGAGUAAAUAAUAUGUUGCAGCUUUGCGAUUGAUUUUAAUUGUGUGAACUGUGACUUGUUUUGCAGCCUGUUUGUGGAUUUAAUGAAUUAAGCCACCCUGCAAGGUGUGUUUUUCUGACAUCCUGUCAAUUUUUGCACAUACUGUACUGUAAUUUAUAAUGUUUUGAGAUUCUGUUCUGUUUAUGGAAAAUUGACUUUUUAAUGUUGGGUCUCUGGAGGACCUGCUCACUCAUACAACAUAGUAAAUCUUUAGUUAUCUGGCUAUUUCUGAAAGUGUGUCUGUCAUAUUCAUCAGCAGCUGAUAAUGUUAGAAUAGCGUUGGACAAUUUCAUGCAGCAAUUAUUCUGCACCCAAACAUUUGUUCUGUUUUAAAUUCUUCACACUUUUUCACACCUUCCACAUUUCUUAAGUUUCCAUUUGCCACAUUCCGAAAACUCCCAACUUUCCAGUGAAUCAACUAUUUUCCAUAUUCGGAAAAACACUCAAAUUCAAGAUAUUUAACAUUUACCUCCUUCUUCUACAUUUCUUGACCAAAUCCAAAAUACUCUAAAAUUCUACAUUUCAACAAUUCUAAUUACAAAAUUUCCACAGCAUUUCAAAAUUAAUGCACAAUUUCUACAGAAAUUGCAUUCUUGAGUUUCAUGUAGACUCCACAUGUAAAGGAAACAGACACGUUUCAAAGUGCUCGAGCGCAAAAAUACCUUUAUUAAGUAUUUGCCUUAUAUUUUACAUGAUCAAUUUGCUGAAACAAAAGGGGAUCUUUUCAAAUGAAGUUUACAAAAGAAAACAAAAAAAUGGAAUUAAUAUGAGGUGAGCUGAGGGACUGGGGCUGAGAAGUAAUUCCAUUAAAAAUCAUGUAAGUAGUAAAUUACAGUAUGUGUACUUAAAAGUACAACUUGCUCUUGUUUCACAAUGUGGAUUUGUAGUAGAGGUCGUUAACAAACGGGAAUUUGCAUUGAAUGCUUCUCAUCAAAGCUAUUCACACAAAAAUUGGUUUUCCACACACUCGCGCGCACACACACACACUUUUAUCCCUAAAGCUCAUAAAUACAAUCAAUCUGACAUACAAACAUUUGGAUAGAUUAUUAUUUUUUUUGCACAUGUUGGUUCAUUAAAAGAUAUUUCGACUUCAAAGUUGAGUCGUUUGAUUG